AUGCAUAUCAUCAAGCCUACUUGGCUAACGCAUGGAGGUGAGCGAAAGGCCUUCGAAGUCUACAGCUGCGAUGUAUCCCCAGAUGGAAAACGCCUUGUGACGGCCGCAGGAGAUGGUUACGUUCGGAUAUGGUCUACGGAAGCUAUCUGCGGUGGUGAAGACCCCAGCAAGCCGAAGCAACUGGCGUCAAUGAGCAAUCACUCCGGCACUAUUCACACGGUUCGCUUUUCGCCAAACGGUAAAUAUCUGGCAUCUGGGGCGGAUGAUAAGAUUGUUUGCAUUUAUAUGCUCGAUUCAAAUCCACCCUCUCAUGCCGCGAGUUUUGGAUCGAACGAGGCACCGCCUGUCGAGAACUGGCGCACGAUUCGGAGACUGAUUGGGCACGAUAAUGACGUUCAGGAUUUGGGGUGGUCGUACGAUUCAUCGAUUUUGGUUUCCGUCGGGCUGGACUCGAAGGUUGUUAUUUGGUCGGGGCAUACAUUUGAGAAACUGAAGACGCUCUCCGUUCAUCAGAGUCAUGUCAAGGGAAUCACGUUCGAUCCCGCCAAUAAGUACUUUGCGACGGCAAGUGACGACCGGACUGUUCGGAUUUUCCGCUUCACAUCGCCAGCUCCGAAUUCCACGGCUCACGACCAGAUGAACAACUUUGUCCUCGAGCACACUAUUACCGCGCCUUUUCAGAACUCACCACUAACGGCUUACUUCCGCCGAUGUUCCUGGUCUCCGGAUGGCAUGCACAUCGCUGCUGCUAAUGCAGUCAAUGGACCUGUGAGCUCAGUCGCCAUCAUAAACCGUGGAGCGUGGGAUGGCGAUAUCAACCUCAUUGGUCAUGAAGCACCUGUCGAAGUCUGCGCAUUUUCUCCGCGACUGUAUUCUCAGCAGCCUGCCAAAAAACAGCUGGUAGAUGGCCAGGAUAAUGCCGGGCAAACUGCGGUCACGGUCAUCGCCUGCGCCGGGGGCGAUAAGUCUCUAAGCGUUUGGAUUACAAGUAACCCGCGGCCGAUUGUGGUAGCGCAAGAGCUGGCGGCGAAGUCCAUAUCCGACUUAACGUGGAGCCCGGAUGGCACCUGCCUGUAUGCGACUGCGCUGGAUGGAACGAUUCUUGCGGUCCGGUUUGAAGAUGGAGACUUAGGAUAUGCUAUGGAGCUGGAGGAGAAUGAGAGGUCUCUUACGAAAUUUGGUACGAAUCGGAAGGGUGCAGGCAUCGCUGAGACCACGGAUGGACUGCUUCUUGAAGAGAAGAGCAAGGCAGUUGAACUCAAAGAUGUUGAAGGGCGUAUGGGUGCUUUGAUGGGUGAUGAACAUGCUGCUGCUGAUGCUGUGGCCAACGGGAAACCAACGCCCUUGCCAUCAAACGGUGUCACCCCUGCAGCCGCUCCUUCCCCAGCACCUGAUACUCAGAAAGCUCAACCGAAUGGCACUACUACAACAUCAACACAAGAAACGGAGAAGCCAGAUCCAUAUCAAGCCAAGCUGGAGCGACUCAAACAGCGGCCUACGUAUACCAAAGAUGGCAAGAAACGCAUCGCCCCUCUUCUGGUAUCUGGUGCCGGUGCUGCGGAGUCCUCGCUACCGCAAGCUCGGUUAAUGGCAUCUGUAAGUAAUCAGGUCAAGGCUGAUACACCGCAAUCGAUUGUCGACCUUUCAAAGCCUUUCGAUGGGUUACCGAAGGGUGGACUUGCAACCUUACUUUUCGGAAACAAGAGGAAGCUUUCUCAAAUAGAAGGCGACGAGGAUGGCCAGGUCGAGAAACGGGUGGCGGUAGCAAGUCAGAAUGGCGCUACUCCUAUACUCACUAACACAGUCGAUGGUCUACUUCCCGCGCAACCCCAGAACCCUCCCACAGGGCAGCAACCGACUCCAGAGUUCAUCCGGCCUGCCGUGAUAAAUCCUUGCAUGGCCAUGAGCCAGCUUCGACUGGCCGUUCCGAAAGUUCGCAUGCAGAUUUUACGUGCUAUCGAUUCGGCAGGCAAACCAACGGAACCUCCCAGCACCUCAGGAGAAUCGAACAAGUCCCGAGUGGAUGUUGUGUUCGAGGCUCGGAACCCAUCUACCACUAGCUUGACAGGCCGAUCUGUUGACCGUGAACCGGUUCGGCUCACCUUAUUCCGUGGCGAGCAACCUGUAUGGCAGGAUUUCCUCCCAAGGACUGUUCUUCUCGUCACAGGGAACCAAAGCUUGUGGGCUGCGGCCUGCGAGGACGGAUCGGUGUAUAUUUGGACUCCCGCCGGGCGACGUCUCGUCAGUGCCCUCGUCCUCGAAGCACAACCGGUGGUACUAGAGUGCAACGGUCCCUGGAUCCUAGUCAUAUCUGCCGUCGGCAUGUGCUAUGUCUGGAACGUAGAGCAUCUGUCCUCGCCACAUCCUCCUAUCUCUCUCCAGCCUGUCCUUGACGCAGCCAUCCACACACUAGGCGCUCAUCCCUCUGCUACCCCAUCAAUCACCAAUGCCCGCAUCAAUUCCGAAGGCCGCGUCAUUGUUGCACUGUCCAACGGCGAAGGCUACGCCUACUCCCCGUCCUUCUAUACUUGGCAACGCCUGUCGGAACCCUGGUGGGCUGUCGGCAGUCAAUACUGGAACACGACUGAAGCCCCCGUCGGCAAUCUCCAAUCCGCAUCAGGGGCGCAGCAGAAAGACCAAGAGGCCAGAGCGGCCGUUUCGGCUGGCAUAAUCCCCUUUUUAGAACGCAACACUACCAAUGAGACCCUCCUCCGCGGCCGCGCCUACUUCCUUCAGCGCCUCAUUAAGGUCCUCCUCUCAAGAGAGGGAUACGAAAGCUUCGAAUCCAGCGUCUCAAUUGCACAUCUCGAGAACAGACUCGCCGCCGCGUUGUCCCUCGGCGCGAAGGAGGAGUUCCGGUUAUAUCUGUCUAUGUACGCCAAGCGAAUUGGCGCCGAGGGCAUGAAGGGCAAGGUUGAAGAACUCCUCAGGGGCGUUUUCGGCGGGCUCUUUGAGGAGGAAGACGAUGAUGGCAACCCUUCUGAGACACAAUUAGCACUCCAGCGUCGCCCCGAGCAAGUUGAUCGCAACUGGAAGGAGAGCUCCGAAACGCUUUGUGGCUGGCCACGGGAUGUAUUAUUGAAGGAGGUUAUAUUGGCAAUUGGUAAACACCGCGACCUCCAACGCGUCACAGUUCCCUACGCAAAGUUAUUAGGAGUGGUUGAUAACGAAUCUAACGAGGGCGAUACAAUGGAAAUAUAA